CGAGCGGGAUAAAACGGCAAUGACGAGCCUGUGAGGACGACAACACUGUCGCAAAAUCAAAGGAAGUUUCUGGAAGGCAGCGUGCGAUCCUCAUGUACCUUUGCUAGUCGUCCUAACGUGGGGAUCAAACGCUCAGGCUCGAGUAGGCGAGAAUAGACCAAACUAAUUUUUUGGCACCUUACAGAUUUCAUCCGAGGAGGCCCAAUAGAUAUGUCGUCCGACAAACUGAAGGAGCUCUCAGAAGAUAUUCAUGAGCUCCAGAAACUCCUGGAAGAGACUAAGAGAACCAGGAUUAGGAACAUCCUUAUGAUUGAGAAAAGGAAGUUAGAAACUGAGUACUCAGCUCUUCAAGAAUCAUUGACAUCAGUGCCAGCAUGUAGUUCUGCAGGAUCUGCUAGUGCAUCUCAGAGAAUCUACACCGUGAAGCUAAGCAAUUAUGGUUGGGAUCAGUCAGACAAAUUUGUGAAGAUCUAUGUAUCCCUCAAAGAUGUUCAUCAGGUACCUGAUGAAAAUGUCACAUGUGUUUUCACUGAGAGAUCAAUGCAGCUGGAUGCAAAGGAAGUGGAUCAAGUGGUGGUGUUCCUUGCCAAGAUGUCUACUGAGACCUGGAAAUACAUCACCAUGGAUGAGAAGAGAACCAAAGAACCUCAAGCCCCAAAAUACGAACCCAAGGAGGAUGAAGACCCGAGUUCCAGCAUUAUGAAGCUCAUGAAGCAGAUGUACGAUGAUGGGGAUGAUGAAAUGAAGCGUACCAUUGCGAAAGCUUGGACUGAGGCCCAGCAGAAGCAGCGCUCAACGGAUCUGAACUUCUAACCGUUGUGCUUGUGCUAAUGAUAUAAUCAUCACAAGAUUCAGGCUUUAUUUCAACUCCUUUCCUCCCCCCUACAUUCCUUCCUCAUGGCAAGCAUAGUUCUUACCACAUGGCAUUAUGUAAACCUAUCAAGAACAUGGUUUCAUUGUUGCUUGAGUGUGGUUUUAAUCCUCAGCUCGAGUAGGUUUGUUUCAGUUUUGUUG